AUAUACCAGCCAAUCUUUCAGCAUCUGUCAUCGCUCUCUCUCAAAGCUUCUAUCUUGUUAGCACAAAGAUCAUCAUCAUGGGCAAUUUCAGGCACCCAUAUAUCCAGAUUGCAAGCCAGUUCAACCACUUCUGCAAUCCCAACAAAGCCAUCAGAUUCUUCCUCUCUUUCUCACUCUUAUCUAUCAUAUUUUCAUCACUCCCUUUCCUUCUCCACUCCUUCCAUGUCCACAUCUCUACAUUUCCCAUGAAACUCUUUAGCUACACUGUUGACAAGAACUAUAUGUUCCUGCUCUGCAAUGGACUCCUUGCUUUCAUUGUCAAGAACUCUGGUCUGGUUGGGAAGUCUCCAUUGGGGGAUGAUCUUACUGAAGAACAUGUCAUGAAGAAAGAAGAUGGUCGGCCAUCAGUACCUCAAUUAUCAGAGAAUAAGGCCAUGGAUGCAAGUGAAAUUGUAGUUAUGGAAGUUGAAGAGGAAAAAGAAAUGGCAGAUCGGUCUUUGGCAACAGUAGGAAUUGGAGAUGAAGGUGAAGCUGAAGAAGAAGGAGAAGAUGAAGAGGGAGAAGAAUCUGAGUUGAUGAGUGCAGAGGAGUUACACAAAAGAUGUGAUGAUUUUAUAAGAAAGAUGAAAGAAGGAAUCAAAAUUGAAUCCCGAUUCCCGAAAGUGAUUUAAUCUUGGGAUUCUUAGCCAUGUUAAAAAAUAUGGUAGUCACUUGUAGUUUUGUUUUCAAUUUUUUGGAAGGAAUCAGAAUUGUAUUUUCUUCUUUACAUGUCUUUAGAUUAUGUGUAGGAUUGUAAGUAGUAAUUCUAAUUUAGCUCGAGUGUGUUCGGGUGAGAAGUUUUGGGCCUCCAUCGUUUGUACUAAAUCUGCAGAAGCAGAGCAGGAGUCGUUUUGAAGUAAUCAUCCCAUUAAAUUUAAGGGAAAAAUGCAAAUAAUUUCUCCU